UCUGGUCACUGGACAUUACUCACACCCCGUAGUACACUGGUUUCUUUUUAUCAUAGGUAUGGAAGUCCUAAGCAGCCAUGACUAAUCUCACUUUCUUCAGCGAGUUCAUCCUCCUCGGGCUGUCAGCUGACCCUCAGAUCCAGCCUCUGCUCUUUGUGCUGUUCCUGGGGAUUUAUCUCCUGACCUUGAUGGGAAACUUGGCGAUGAUCUUGGUGAUCAGGGGAGAUUCUCAUCUUCACACGCCCAUGUAUUUUUUCCUUGGACACCUGUCCUUCCUGGAUCUCUGCUUCGCCUCAGUUACCAUGCCCAAAAUGCUACAGAACUUCUUAUCUCAAACGAAAACCAUCUCCGUGUGGGGCUGCAUCACCCAGAGUUUCUUUUUUCUCCUCUCUGGGUGUGCAGAAGCCAGUCUCCUCUCCGCCAUGGCCUAUGACCGCUACGCUGCCGUCUGCCACCCUCUGCUCUACACCGCGAUCAUGAACCGGCCUCUCUGCUCCGCCAUGGUCAGUAUGGCAUGGAUGGUGGGGAUUCUGAACUCACUGGUAAAUAACCUUUUCAUCCAGAAAUUGCAUUUCUGCGGAUCCAACAUCAUUCCCCACUUCAGCUGUGAGCUGCCUUCCCUCUUCCCUCUAUCUUGUUCUGAUCCCACUGCCAACAAGUUCCUUCUCUCAGGGUGCAGUGCAUUUCUGGGGCUCCUGACGCUUCCCCCGAUCCUCUUCUCUUACUCCAGAAUCAUUUCCACCAUCCUCAACAUCCGCUCUGCUGCGGGGCAAGGCAAAGCCUUCUCCACCUGCUCCUCCCACCUCACCGUGGUGCUGCUGUUCUACAGCACGGCUCUGUUCAGGUACAUCAGCCCUGCCUCGGGCUCAGUGUUGGAGCGAGUGGUGUCCAUUCAGUACAGUGUGAUCACAUCGCUGAUAAACCCCCUCAUCUACAGCCUCAAGAACCAGGAGGUGAAGGUGGCUCUGCAGAGGGUGCUGGGGCAGCAGAUGUGCAGCUCAGAGGAGAGAUUCACCGCAUGGCGUUCAGUCAGAGAAUGGGGAAGGGGGAUCUUCAGAAAUACAUGGAAGGGGAAAGUGUUCCAGGUCAGUGGCCUUGAAGUAUUGCCCAUGGACCAGCAUCAUCAGUACCAUCCACAAAGUUACUACAGAAGGAAGAUUCUCGGUCCUAACUCCUGA